AUGGCUUCAUUAAAUCACUCUAAAGUAACCAUGUUUAUCUUAGAGGGAUUAACAGACCAGCCAGAGCUCCAAGUCUUCCUCUUUAUCUUGUUCCUGGGCAUCUAUGUUGUCACUAUGGUGGGAAACCUGGGCAUGAUUCUACUAAUUGCCAUUGGUACUCAGCUACAAUCUCCAAUGUACUUCUUCCUCAGCAACCUGUCCUUUGUGGAUCUCUGCUACUCCUUUGCCAUUACUCCCAAACUCUUGGUAAAUUUUAUAGGAGAUAAAAACAUCACCUCCUACAAUAAGUGUAACAUUCUUCUGUUUUUUUUUAUUGUUUCUGAAUGCUACAUGCUAACAGCCAUGGCCUAUGAUCAUUAUGUUGCCAUCUGUUGUCCACUGCUUUAUAAUGUCAUCAUGUCUCCAUGGGCUUGCUCCUUUUUGGUGACAGGAGUAUAUACUAUGGGUAACUUUACCACUCUGGUUAAUACAACUUGCAUGGUCAGAUUGUCUUUUUGUGGUCCUAAUGUUAUUAAACAUUAUUUCUGUGAUAUCAUACCCCUUCUGAAGCUUUCCUGCUCUACCACUUAUCUCAAUGAACUUCUUCUGAUGAUUAUUGGUACAUUCAAUGUAUUUUCAACAACUGUUGCCAUAUUCAUCUCCUAUGCUUUCAUCCUAAUCAGCAUUCUUAGCAUUCAGUCUGCUGAAGGAAGGUCUAAAGCAUUCAGUACCUGCAGCUCCCACCUGGCAGCUGUUGCUAUCUUUUAUAGCACCAUUAUUUUCAUGUAUCUUAAACCAUCAUCAAGAAAUAGAAUGACUCGGGAGAAGGUAGCCUCAGUAUUUUAUACCACAAUUAUCCCCAUGUUGAAUCUUCUAAUCUACAGCCUGAGGAAUAGGGAUGUGAAGGAUGUACUGAAGAAAAUCAUGAUGGGCACAAUGUUUAACAGGUCUAUGUAGCACCAAAUAAAAUUAAAGAAACAAUGAUUUUAACUUUUCUUUGUCUAAGAAUAUAACCAAUUCCCCAUGAAGUGAGGAUUAACUUUGGAAAACAUUGGAAAGAAAGUGAAGUCAUGACUUUGGGACUUUUAAUUUUCAUUCAUUCACUCAUUAUCCAUUAAACACAACUAUCAAAAAAUAUACUGUAGUAGUUCUAAAGGUAUAAAGGAAAAAAAUAAUAUACUUUCAAAAUUGAGGAGUUUACUUUCUACUUUGAAGUUAUAUAUAUACCUUCUCAGUGACUUUUUUUUCUUUCCUCUCCUGCACACAACUCCAGAUCAGUGCAGUGUGUCCAAAUUAGCCUGGUGUCCCCAAACCUCCUUAUCCAAGUCAUUCACUUAAAUCCUUUCACAUUUAAGAGAACUGUGGGAAUUGAAUGCACAUUUGUGACAGAGACUAGCACAUAAGAAAAGUGCCACAGACUGAAGAGUGUGAAACUGAUCACCUCGAUGGGGGAGGGGCCCCAAGGGAUUUGGAAUCUGGAAAAGACUCUGGCUGGUAGAGGAGUUGGUCUCUCAGUCUCGAGAAGCCAAAGAGAGAAGCUGGCACACCAUAAAGAAUCCAUCUUAUAAUUCAAUCCUGUAUCUAGUUCAAUUCCCUUCCUAUUCAAUUAGGAAUCUAGUCCAAUUUCUAUCUUCUUAGAAAAUGUUAUUCAAUUAUGGGAAUUGUGAAUGAACCUUAUUGCAUUAUAUGAACCUUUCCCUGAAUGGUUGGAAAGUUGAACUACCUGUACCUUUUUCUUAGAGACCCUUAACUAAGGACCUAGGUUAUGUUGAACAAAAAGUUGGUCAGAUCUAAAGACUGAUGCAAGGAAUUUUCUCAUAAUUAUACAUUGCAAGCAAUCCAUAUUUCUUACCUGAAAACUGGCCUUAUACUGAUUAAUCAUUUACAAUUUCAUUAUUCUUUUGGUUGAAUACAGACAUUUGGAGGGGGGUGGAGUGAGGCACCUCUUUUUCUAACUUCAGUGAUUGCACCCAUUAAUUCUCCACCUCUAGUCUUGGAAAGCCCCUCAUCUUUCCCCUAAUUAGAAUUUAGAUUGCCUAAUAUCUUUUUAAUUGUUUGCUUUUAAUGUAUAAAAUUCCAUCUC